CGACUGACUCCAUUCACCUCCGUCUUCCAUGGUCAAAAGCCACGGCAAAUCCUCCGCGACCUCCGGCACGCGCAAAAAGCACGCGCGCAAAGCCGCCGGCGAGCCACUUCCCCUACCGCUGCCCAAAGACGGCGGCAAGGGGAGCAAGAAGGACAAGAAAAAGAACGCAAAGAACGAGCCGCGGAAGAAGGUCUACAUCCCGCCCGUGAAGCCCGCACCGGUGCGCCCGGAUCCGCUCGACACCCUCGGGCUAGCGCACACGCUCCCGCCGGAGCUGCUCGUCCCGCUGCGCAAUCUCCGGAAGAAGGACGCGGUGACGAAAGCGCGCGCUCUUGAGGACCUGCAAGCAAACUGGGUUGAUGUCGCGCGCAAGCGGGCGGAGGUGACGGCGGUGAUCGUCGAGAUGUUGCCCGUGUGGCUGCAUCACCUGCCGUCACUGCUCACCAGCGCCUCACGCCGCGUCCGCCUCCUCGCGGCCGGCCUGCACGACUCGCUCCUCCGCCUCCUGCCCGCGUUCGACGCGCUCCUGUUCUUCUUCCGCGAGGCCGCCGCGCCGGAUCAUCUCGAGGCGCUCCUCGGCACCUGGUGCGCCGCAACGCACGACGUGGACCGACAGGUCGCGCUGCAGGCCUCCCGCUCUUGGGCACACUUCGUCAGCGCAUCUUCCUCUGCGGCUAAGCAUUUGGACGACGGGGUAUAUGCGUCUCUUCUCGCGUGGACCACGAAGGUGGUGCUCGAUCCGGGCGGCGCGCACGCGUACCUGAAUCCGGUCUCGUCCGUCGCCCCGUCUGAGGCGGCUAGCCCGGUGCCGCAGAGGGGCCAGCAGCAGAGGAGAGGACAGCAAGGAUCCGGGAGAGCGGCGCAGCAGCGCCCUGGGACAUUGACCCCCACUACUGAAGGCACAAGAGCGAAGAGCGAGGCGGAUGAGGAGAAGGGGCAGGAUCGGGACGCGAGGUUGCGCAUCGGUGGGCUCGGCGCGCUGGGAUGGAUCAUCAAUUCGAGGCUGACGGUGGCACCUGCGCCGGAGAGGCUUCCCGAGCCUGAUGUGCAGGACUCAGACCACGAGGGCAAGGAUGACCCGGUGAAACUCGCCCACGACCUGCUUUCCAAUCCUGCAUUGUGGACGGCCCUCUAUCACGGCCGGCAGUCACCCGCUCUGGACGACCAUGAAGACCUCGUCGCGUUCGGCUUCGAGCAACCAGGCGUCAGGCGGGCCGCUUGGGGCUUGCUCAGCGUUCUCCUCCGGUCGGCUAAGCAUGAGGUGGAGUCGUUGCUGCCUGUGCUCAGCCCCGCCCUCUUGCGAGCCGCGUGGACUGAGCCGGACGCGUUGGUCAGGGCUGCGAUGUGGGAGCCGUUGCUCGUCUUCCUGCAAGGCUUCCCGCAGGCGUGGCUCAUCGAAGCCUCACCGGCCCCUCGUCAGCACGAUGUUAAUUCUGACUCGGGUUCUGAUGAUGACGACGGCGAGCAUGACGUCGCGGAGACAAAUGGGCACACCCCUUCUCCGUCCCCGUCGCGCACGUGGAUCGAGUUCCUCCAGUUCCUUGCCCUCGGCUGUUCCGGCUCGCCUUUACAGGGCUACCCUGUCGUUGUCCUUGUGCUCUCCACAAUCCCGCCGAGCCUCCUCCGCGCCGAACACGACGGGAACGAGCCCUUUUCCGAGCUCUUCACGGCCUUCUGGGCUGCACUCGACGGGGGGGCGCUCGUGGGCGCGGAACGACAGAAAUCAUCCGCCGCGUUCAUCGGCGCGCUGCUGGAGUGCAUCCUCUUCCUCUCCCGACGCGCACUGCGGGAUGGUGAGGGCAACUCCGCCGAGUUGGCUAGGGCUCUGGUGGCGACACAGUUUGGCGCGCUGGGACGGGCGCUGGUGCAGGAGAGGCGGUUGAGGGUGGAUCUGGGCGCAGUCGGGCAGACGGUGGGCAAGGCAUUGGUGGCAUUGGAUCAUAUGCACCACGAUCUCUUUGACGUGGCGUGGCAGGCGGCGAUUGUCGAACCGGGUCGGGCGAGCGAGCCUGGGACGGUAUUCCCGAUCUUGCUUCCGUUGCUGCUUUCGUUCAGGGAGCAGUUCGAGGAGGAGGCACCACCCAUGGCGGCGUGCCGCGACGCGGUGCUGCAGCUGUCGGGUGUUGUACUCGGUAGGCUCAUGGCAGAUGGUGCAGGAGAUACUGUCGCGGACAUCAUUGCGCUAGAAGAGCUGGUGCGCCUGUUCGCGGACGUGCUGUUUGCAGAGUCUGACUCCGCUUCUGUGGACAACGCCGUGCAGAGUGCGGUAGCGAACCGCCUCGCGGCGUCCGUGCAGCUGCUCCUCACCUACAUCGCACGACGGAACGACGCCGCGGCGGUGUCGAAGGCGUGGAACGCGGCGUUAUCAUCGAUGGUCUCCUACCCACAGGCGUCCUCCGCGGCGCUCUUUCCGCUGUUUGACGCGGCACGGUCGGGGAAGCUGCCGUCGUGGCUCAAACCUGAAGGCGUGGGGUUGGCUUCAGUUGUCGAAUCAGCGCUAUCACAGGCGCUGGAGGGUUCGGAGGCAGAUCUGGACUUCCUGAAACUGUUGCUGGUGGCCCCUGAUCACUUCGUACCCGAGGACGCAUGCGCUACCUUCGUGGACGCCAUUUCAGCAACCUUUGUGGAACGAUACGAACGCGCUCUGCACGGUACCAAGACCGAUUCAUCGGAGCUGAGUGCACCGUUGCAGCUGUUGCACCCUUUGCUCGUCAGCAAACCGAAACUGGUUUCGAUUGCUCACGUAACCUUGUUUCGGGAUGUGUUCGUGGUUGGGCACGUGCUGUCCGGGUUGGACGAGGCGAAGCACGCGCGCGAGUUGUGGGGGUGCUGGUGGAGCAGGGCCUCAGAAGACAGGAAGGUGGAGACUGUACGGUCCAUCAAGGACGCUAUGCAUGCCCUUCUCGUUGAUACGGCAUCCACAGUCCGGGCUCAAGAAGUCCUGUUAGCGGCUCAGACGCAUGCGCAGACGCUGAACCUGCGGCUCUUCGAAGACAUAUUCCCGUCUCGCGCCGAACUCGACGCAAUGUUGGGCCGCCUGCCUGCGACCCCGUUGCACGUGAGCCUUGGCGUCGUCGAUCCCUUGGUACCUCCGAAUAUCGAUGAGGAAGAAGACUCCAUCUACUCCCCUUCCUUCGAUGUGGACGGUUUCUCGUCCUAUGCGCGGGUCGUCUCGGCCUUGCUGGAUGCCAUGUCUGAGGACCGGCAGCUUGCACGUACGAACAUUUGGGCGCUCCGGCACCUGCUCGCUCUCGGGGUGUAUGCGCACGACGCUCUAAGGGUCCCUGGUGGACGGAGCCCAGUAUUCUCCUCUACCAUCUCGUCUAUCACCAUCCAGAACCUGGCGACGGGGAUAUCGCGGGUUUCAGCAUACCUCCUCUCGCCGGUGACCUCUGACGACGCUGCAUUUGCGAACAUCCUGGGCACCCUCUUGGACACGAAACCUUCUCCCGCGUUGCAGCCCGCCGAGGCUUUCGUCGUGGACCUUAUCAAGCACUCGCAAGACCAUGAUAACCCGCGGACGUCCCGUAUUGUGUACCCAGUCGUACACCACGUUCUCAGCGGCUCUGAUAAGCCCCACGCGGAGCAAUGGGUGCAGAUAUUACGCAAGAUGGAAAAGCAAGCUCCGGAAUCUUCGCUAGCUAUCCUCUUUGCUGUUGCUCAAUCGGGACUAGAACCUACUCGCCUAGACCGAUACCGCAACGAGCUAGCGGCUGAGCUCACUGGCGUGCCGCCCUCUAAAGCCGCCACGACGGGCCUGAAAUAUCUUCGCCGACUUCAUAUGACGAUUCCGAACCCCGACUCAGAUGUGGCCUUCCUUCCUCAACCGCGUGCCGUUAACCUCGUGAAGUCGUUCCAAAAGUGGGUAGCCGACGCUGAUGAUGACGACGAAGACGGCGUGAACGAGGAGGUGGAAAGCGUAAUGACGGACAUCUUCGUCGCUCUCGCCCCGAUCUUGCAAAAUGUGUCCGGAUCUCAUUGGGACUUCAUGUUCGACGUUGUCGAGAACAAUCUUGAGAACUGUUCCUUGGCUGAGGAAGAGACGCUAACGCUGCUCGCCAGAAGUCUUAGAUUUGUCUCGACCAUACUAGAGCUCGUUACUAGCAAUAAGCAACUGAAAGCGGUGUGGAAUGAGCGACAAUCGGCUGUGCUUGUCCUCAUACGCAACAUAGUAGCCAUGCGCUUGCCUGCUGACAAGAAAGCUUCCGUGCCCCUCUCGACGUGUCGUGAACUGGCGCUUUCCAUUGUCCAGGACUUACCGGCGUCUCUCAUCCAGCAGGAUACGUUGCAGUCGAUGUGUCAUCUAGUUAUGGAUCCGUCUACGGAUGUCCAGAAGAUGUCCUAUCAACUACUUCAAGAAGCCGCUCGGAAGCGAACAGAGUUCCUAGUAGUCGAGGCUGGCGUCGAUACCGAAGGGACGUUCAAAGCAGAGCUUCCUCAGGAACUGGUCAUUCUCCUCUCGAGCGUCGCAGGAGGCGAUGGUCCUGAGGAGCAGAAUCGCUUUGGCUAUCUUCUAGCUUGGAUGCUUGCGUUCGAUUUGUUCACGGAUGCCUCGCUGAGAGUCAAGGCGGGCUACAUCGAGCAGUUGCGCGAUCUUGACAUCGUCGCAUCACGGCUUCUCCCUGCGAUCUUUGAACUGCUUCAGGUAUACUCUGGCCUCCCGAAAGCUUUCAAACUUGGGAUGUGGGCGGUCGAGAACUACUACGUCGAUCUGUACGACCCCAGCACACAUAUCAGCCUGCAGGUCCUUGCCGCUCACGUCUACUACCGGGCACUACUGGUUGUGCCUUCUCUGAUCCGCACCUGGGUCAACGACUGCAAGGACCGGACGCUUUCGCGCACGAUCACAACAUAUACAUCGACGCACUUCUCGCCGGUACUCCUCGAAGCGGAGCUUACGCAUAUCAAGGAGUCGAAAGCGGCCUCGGACAUCGUCGACGAGAACCUCACGAUCAAGGUCGCCAAGUCCGUCAACGAGGUGACGGCCUCGUUCGCUGUGGACGAGCACCAGCUCGAGCUUACACUGAAGCUGCCGUCCGACUGGCCUCUGCAUGGCGUCGAGAUCAAAGACGAGAAGAGAAUCGGCGUAUUGGAAGACCGGUGGAGAUCGUGGGUGUUAGGCGUGUUCGCGCUCUCACAGAACGGUAGCAUCAUAGAGGGCCUCAGGCUCUUCAUGAAGAACGUCGCCGGUCAUUUCGAAGGGCAGGUCGAAUGCGCUAUCUGCUAUUCUGUCAUUAGUCCUCUGGACGGCAGUCUACCCAGGAAGCCGUGCAGGACAUGCAAAAACAAAUUUCAUGCAGGAUGUCUAUACAAGUGGUUUAAUUCGAGCCACUCAUCAAGCUGCCCGCUCUGCCGGUCCGAUAUAUUCUAACCGAAUAAAACGCACAGGAAACGCAAAUGUAGCAUCAGCAUCGUGUAGCCCUACUCUUAUUCUCUUUACACCUCAUCACUCUCGACUGCAAAUGGAAAGGUCUUCGCGUGAGUUCAUUGAGCUGGUGGUAAACAUAGUCGUAGUCCACGUCGCGACACGGUACCGCAACUCACCCUGUCCCCAUUCCACUAGCUACACCGCGCACACAACGACGCGUGCUAACUCCCC